AUGCUAGUAAAAUUUUUGAGGAGAUUAGGAAAUCAUCAAACGAGAUGCUCAAUAAAAACGUUGCAUACGCCUGUGUAUAGGACUCAAAAUCUUCAGGUCCUCAGAGAUAUGCUCUCUGGCAUCAAGCUACUGGAAAAAAUAAUAACUUCAUCAUCCUACAAUAAAACAUUGAUAUAUGAACCUAAGUAUAAAUCCAGGCCCCAAGUUAUUAGUUCACAGGACACCAUGAGAUUACAAAACGUAAUUCGUGAACUUUUAGAUUCGCUGCAGGUGGAUGAAGCUAUGAACACAAAGGUCCAACUAAAUAGAACUCGAAAGUUAGGGCGAGUUGGCCUUCAGCUAUUCAUGAAUUGCACUCAGGAUAACUUAACGUUAACUUCUACAUGUUUGACAUCUUCUCUGCUGGAGUACUAUUUCAAAUAUCCUGAGAAGGAAGUAGUGAAGGGAAUUGGAAUUGGAUUACGAUAUAUCAGAGGUUUUCUCGAAAAUAACAAGAUUAUGGUACAAAGUCAAAACAAUAUUGAUGCCUUAGUUAAGCAAUUUACUAUGUCCUCUUGUGAUAACCAAAGCGUCAAAAGGGUUUUACAAUCAAUUAAUUAUGAAUUGUUUUCGGAUGAUAUUGUACGAGUUAUAAACGGCAAUAAAACUUUCGAUGAAAUUGAUGUUUCAAAAGGUUGGAAGUACCCAGCUGGUAUUUUAGAUAGUAAUGAGGCCUAUUUAAGAUCUCUAGAGUUACCUACUAAGAAAAUAGUUUCCAUUGAUAAAGAAAUGCUGGUUCUUGUGUAUGACGGGACGUUACGAGACGCCAAUAAAAUUCUACCCACAGUAACGCAUGCAAGAAACCUGAGAAAAUCCGUUCUUUUAGUUGUCAACGGAGAUUGCACAGGUGAUGCCUUGACAUCGAUUACAAUCAACAAUAAUAGAAAUAGGAGAGAAAAAAAUGAAAGCCGAAUAGUCAUUGUGAAAUACUCGGAAAAGGCAAACGGUCACUUAAGACUACAAGAAAACCAUGAUUUUAUAAAGUUUUUACGCUUGCCUUGCGGAUAUGAUAGUAUCUACUCACCAGAGUAUAGUUCAUUAGUGCCAAGCAAAAUGUGUGCGGACAAAUACUAUGGCACUGUCGAAUCCAUAAAGGCGACCACAGGGGAGACGUUCUUAUAUAACUCCAUUGAUUUUAAAUCAAUUCCAAAUAGAGCUCCGCAAUCUUUCCUCCAUAAAACGGUCACCCUAAGUAUUGGCGGACAUAAUGAAAUCGAAAUCGACCAGAGAAGAAACACGCUAGAUAACUUCUUGAAUAAGGUAUUAUGUCACGGACUGGCUAAUGGGUUCAUUCCUAGUUACGGCGUCUCUCUAUUGAAGGCGGUACCAGGUUUGAAUAAGUUGAAAGCCAAUGAAUCCAAUUGCAUGAUUAAAAUGGGCAUAGACGCUGUUUUAUCGGCGGCUGUUCUUCCAGCCGAAGUGGCAUUCAAGAAUGCAUAUGGAUAUAACCAUUAUGAGAUUAACAACCUUAUUGCGGAUGCUAUAAACGAAACUUCAUUUCAACAGGUUAGAUUCUCCCCCAAUUCAAGACCGGUGGAUAUGACAAAAUCUGGGAGUUUAGAGCCAUGGAACAAAAUGGAUUCUUGUUUAGCCAGCGUAAAAGCUUUCAUCGAAUUGCUAACAAGCUGCAAUACAAUUGUCACAUGUAUAUACGAUAAGCCUAAAAGGCACACAACCUAG